GGCUACCAAAAAUUCCACCUUACAACAUUUUGCAAAAUUGCUUUGGUUUGCUCUUUUAAUUUUGUUUUAAUUUAUCAAUAAUGUGUCCUAAUCGUAUUAUAUAUAAUCGCGCAUUUUUAAAAUCAUUACAACCUACCGCGUUGUGUCAUCCACAAAAAUUGAGAAAAAAGCAUCACUGUGGCUGGCAGCGUGCACUGAAACGUACACAAAUUAAUCAAAUGACUGUUCCUGAACUCGUUAGCACUAAUUGUAGAUCCCUGUCCAACAAAAUGGAUUACCUUCAAUCCCUAAUGUAUUCCAAUGUUUAUCGAAAUGCUGGCGUUUUAGCAAUACAAGAGACUUGGCUGCACCAGCAUUAUGAUGAUAAUCUAGUUUCAAUAAAUGGAUAUAAAGUUUUUCGCCAAGAUAGAAAUAGUUCCAAGAAAAAAUAUGGAGGAGGGGUAGCCACAUAUAUAAACACAAAUUGGUCUACAUCAAAUCACGUUUGCUUCAAUUAUUCUAAUGACAAUAUAGAUUGCAUAACCGUCAGGUGUCGCCCAAAACACUUAAGUAAAUAUUCUUAUAUAUACAUAACAAAUAUUUACAUAACACCCGAUUGUAGCCUUUCUAAUAUAGUUAUGUUUGCAGAUGAGUUUACUGAAUUCGCUGCUCCUGCAUUCGGAAACUCGUUGUCUAUAGUCUGUGGUGAUUUUAAUUUAUGUGAUCACAGCUUUCUUACUUCGCUUGGUCAUGAGAAUCUA